AGAGAGAGAGGGGAGUUUACACUGUGAACAGAAGAGGAGACGCUGUCAGAAGCGGAGUCCGUUGGAAACUUUGGUACCGCGAGCGCAGCAGCACGCGCGAAGAGUUCACUUCACGGUUAACGGUCAGCCAAACGUUUCACGGAUGGAGAGGAGGAAACGCGUCUGAGUUUCCGUUUGGCAUGAUUUUGGGCCUCAUACUGUGAUAACGCUCUCAGCUGGAGUGUCUGCACACUGUCUCAGCCACGGCAUCAGCUACUAAUGAAGAAGCUCUUCUGCCCUUGGCGGUGAUAGGAACCAGGGGUUGCGUAGUCUUGCAAGGCCAGAUGUGAUCUAAAUGAGGAUACACAUCUGGGGACACCUUGUUAACCAUCAGGUGGUGGAUUGAGGCACAAUCUUCUGCAAACAAUGGAUCACGCUGCGCUGUCAUCAGAGCUGCCGCGAGCGUGACCUCAACCAACAACAUCUGGCGUGUGUGUGUGGAGCAAUGCCACACAAAGUGGGAUUCUUCUGAGUUCUGAGGAGAAUUCGCCGUCACCAACCUGCCCACUCAUUCCUUAAAGCCUCUCCACUAGCCACAGACAUCCCAUCACAAACAAUGGCUUAAAGGCUGCAGGGCCGACCCCUGCUGAAAGAGCAAUGAGCUAAUAUCAGUGGGAGUGUAAUUUUCUGGUACUUUUUCCAGGAGUACCCUGGAUUGGAUUAGUCCUUUUUUCCACAAUUUAAAGCUCAAUGGAAGCUUCUUGGUGAUCAGAAAGCAUAUGGUAGCCAUAAGGAGAGACCACAAUGGACUACAAAUAUGGCCUCCUUACAGAUGCUGUGGAUGAGGUAGAAGACUACAAAAGUAAAUCCGUCCUCGGUGACGGAUGGUUGAGCCUACUGACCACAGUGGAAGACAGCAGGGGUCUGUGCCAGCCAUGCGGACCCUGGAACCUUGGGUCCUUACGCAAGGUCAAGGUCUUCAGCUUCUUGUUCUGUCUUGUAGCCACAUUCCUCAUCAUGGCUUCCUAUGUCCUGACGAGAGACCAGAAAGGGCUGCUACUUACACCUUCGCCGUAUCACUUCAGGGUAAUGUCCCAGUCAUCUAACCUGUCCUCAGGGAGAGACUAUGCUGGCGUGAAGGAGGUGGUGAGGAACAUUGUGGCCAAAGUGGAGUUCCAUCAAAGAAAAGUGCCGGAUUUAAUGGAGCUGAGGGAGAGAGAACCUCUCAUUUUCUCUGCAAUCCCUCGUAAAUUCCUUCCCUACCUCAAGAACCCCUGCUGGUAUGAGGAAUACACUGGGAACAGCUCAGUAGACCCAUAUGGGCAGAACUUGUACGCCCUUUACUCCAAACGCUUCCAGAUUGUAUACGACCACCUACGCAGUGCUUUUCAUGAGCAUCUCCACCAUGAGGCAGGCAGACUCUACCGUCUCCGCUGCCUACCCUACUUCUACAUCAUAGGGCAGCCCAAGUGUGGCACCACAGAUCUCUACGAUCGGCUUCGGCUGCACCCACAGGUCCAGUUCACCACCAUGAAGGAGCCACAUUGGUGGACAAGGAAGAGGUUUGGUAUUAUCAGGUUGAGUGAGGGUUUCCAUAACCCAUAUCCACUGAAAGACUACUUGGACCUGUUCGAUCAGGCAGCUUAUCAGAUUCAGGAUCUGCUGGGCAGUUCCUCUAGACGAAACACCAAGACAGACCUCAUAAUUGGUGAGGCCAGCGCGUCCACUAUGUGGGACAACAACGCGUGGGUUUACUUCUAUGACAACGGAACAGGGAUGGAGCCUCCUUGUUUGGUGCAGGACUUUAUCCAUGCAGUCCAGCCAGAUGCCAAGUUCAUAGUGAUGCUCAGAGAUCCUGUAGAAAGGCUUUAUUCAGACUAUCUGUACUUCGGCAUGGCGAACAAGACAGUGGAGGACUUCCAUGAGCGCGUCUCUGAGUCCUUGCAGCUGUUUGAGGUCUGUCUGGCUGAGAGAUCCGUGCGAUCCUGUGUCUACAACACUACCCUCAACAAUGCCAUGCCUGUGAGACUGCAGGUGGGGCUGUACGCGGUCUAUCUGCUCGACUGGCUGAGCGUCUUUGGCCGAGACCAGAUUCUAGUUCUGCGACUGGAGGAUCACGCCGCCAGUAGGAAACACACCAUGCACAAAGUCUUUGACUUCCUGCAAUUAGGACCGCUCACCCAGCAGAAGGAAGCAGACAUCACUAAAAGCCCAGCGUCCAACACCAGGAGGCCGGCCAAUCGAAAUCUGGGCCCCAUGCUGCCCGUAACAAGGGAGAUCCUGCAGAGCUUCUAUGGACCCUUUAACCAAAGACUGGCCCAGGUUCUCGGUGACCCAGCCUUUCUGUGGACACAGUCGUAGCGACCACUCUGCCGAAUGUGAGAAUUACCAGAAUUGCCUGGCAGCCAAUUUUCUUUUUCACAGAAAAAAGCCACUUUUAUGGUUCGCUAGUCCACCUGUGGACAAGCUAAAUCAGGGGGAAAAUUUCACAGUUUUUUUUAUUAUAGGAACAUUACAGCCACUUCUAUCUGUAUGACUCUAUCUUGGCUGGUCCAGAGAGUGACACUUGGUAUACUGCACUUUUACCCCGGAGCAGGAUUCUGCGCGAGACGCAAUUUCACAUCCGCAGACACUUUGACAAAGUGCAUGAUGAUGAGACACAGUCAUCGAUGGAGAGUUCACUCAGCGAGCAGCUGGUUACAGCAAAAUCCUGAGGGACCAAGGAAAAGAACAGAGUUGACAUCCGUUCUCACUCGCCUCAUAUGAGCGGUCAGGGACUAGCUUUUUAUCUGAUUAGCAAACUGCCAAAAUCCAUCCUCUAAUAUUUGCUUUCCCCAAAGCCAGAGGCGGCCAUGCACAGGCUUUGAAAGGCAAGGAAAUGAAGGGUGAGUAUGUUGGCAGAUGGUUGGCAAGAUACACUUCACUGGGAAUGGAGUAUAUAGAGUGCCUUGUAAAAGUAUUCAACCCUCUCAGAAGUCAUCAGAUUUGUGUGGGUGGAUAUAUGACACUUGUUCCGGGCUGUAUUGCAAACAAAUAUGCUCCUAAAUUUCAUUUCACUAUUUAUUUCACAUUAUUUGUUAGCAUAUCUUUAAAAAAAAACUGAAAAAUGCUGCUUGUAUUUUUGCAAGUAUUUAACCCUUAAAGUUUUCAUCAGCUUUGUACGGAGCCCCUGAGGGGCCGUAAAAAAAAAAAAGUUAAUGACUUUGCGUUCCCUCCCAAAGGUUUUGUAUUACGAUGCAAACAGUUUGCGUUCGCUUGCAAAAGCUGUGCUUUGCUUAAGCUCAGACAUGAAGCAGCUCAUUGAAUUUUACGUUGAUCUUGGAUUGAAAUAUAAAGACAUAGUGUCGCUUCUCAAAAUCAAACAUGAUUCUGCUGUUAGUGACUCAAACUGAGACUGAGGUCGAGUUUCCUCGUACAGUAAAAGCUACAUUUACAGACACUGCAGAGAACAACUGCUGAAUAAACUCAGCUCAGACUGACAAAACUGGGAAAACAGCUUUUAACCUUAGCUAUGCUGAAAACAAAGCUCUAAUGUAGGCGAUGUCGUUGGGCACCUCUGGUCCUACGUUUGCUCGCUGUCUGACGAGCAUAUCUUUUUCAAUGUCAGUAACUUUUUUUUUUUUUUUAACCACGGCCCCUAAGGGGCUCCAUAGCUUUGCACACAGUUUUUCAAAAGUGAUUUUUUUUUACCCAACCCUGGCAGGGUUUUCAUUUUUGCAGGCUGUUCAGGUUGGCUGGAAGGCACUUACCACCAAUAUUAAGGUCAUAGGUCUGAAUCCGAGUCGAGACUGAGGUCCAGGACACAUCGAGUCCGAGUCAUAACCAAGGCGCUUUGUAGUCGAGUCCAUGUCGAGACCGAGACCAGAUAAGGGUUUUUUUAAAGAACA